AUGCUCCCUACAAAGCGACGUAAGACUAAUGAAGGGCGGUGUCCACUUUCUGACAUCACAAAUGUUGAGGAAUCAUCACGACGAAAGCAGAGAUCUUCCAAUCCAACAACAGCCAAAUUAGGACCGGUUGCACCUGGAAGAUACUUAUUCAAGCAGGUCGGCAACUCUCACAUACACCAAGAAUUCAAUAAUACUUCAGCUAAUGAAAUUCAGACAUUGCAGAAUCCAAUCCAUCCUCAUACCUCCAUUCGAUCCAGUCUACUUGCUGAAAACGGCUUUAAGGGCAAAAAUAUUAAGGCAGUUGUAACAUCUGAUAAUUUGAACGAUGGGAUGUCGACACCAAACAUUUGCAGUAAUCAUGGUUCAUAUAAGAUGCAACAUGAAUAUAUCGAUACUGUAGGAAUUUCAUUAGAGGCACCGUGCAAUGAGAAUGAUUCAAACAAAUCAGCAGCUGACCACAUAUUCAAUCCAAUUUUGGAAGCAACUUCUGAUCCAGGUGAAUCAACACAAAUGGAAGUAAAUACUAAUUAUUCGGCAGAAUGCGUCACCUACUCAGUUGUAAUUGGAAGAGGCAUAUCCAAGACUACAUUAGAACAAUCGUUAGGGGACGAUAAUUGCACCUCUGUUACAUUUAAUAAGGAUGGCUUGGAUGUUAAUGAUAUGAAUGUGGAGUCAGGUGAAGGAUACAUUAGUACACAUGUGAAUGAGAACACACAUGCGCAUGACGAUCACACUCAAAGUGGUAACACACACAUGGAGUGCAACGAGAAUGGUGAAGAUUUUGAUGUUCCUGAUAACGAUAUAGCUGAUUACGAACCAGAAGAAGAUGCAUGUGAAGAUGGUGACUUACCAGAGUAUUUAGAAUGUGGUCAGCUGUUGUUCAAGUGUCCCUUUUGCAAGGCCUUGAUGUGGUAUGAUGAAAGGGUGCGCAAAUCAAGGAACACAACGAAACCUGAAUUUACUAUGUGCUGUAUGCAAGGAAGAAUAGAGAUAGCACCUUUAAAAAAAUUACCAAAGCCACUAUACGAUUUAUAUCAUAAGAAUGAUCGAAAAAGCAAGUACUUCAUGGAAAAUAUAAGAUCAUUCAACAGCAUGUUUGCAUUUACGUCAAUGGGAGGGAAUAUUGAUAAGACGAAGAAUGAUGGAAAGGCUCCACCUGUUUUUGUUUUGAAUGGAGAAAAUUACCAUCAAAUAGGAAGUCUACUUCCGAAGCCUGGUCACCAACCGAAGUUUGCACAACUAUAUAUCUACGACACCGACAAUGAGCUCAAAAAUCGAAUGGAUGUUGUCAGGAUGGAAGAUGACAAAAACUCAAUGAAGCAGAAAAUCGUUGAAGAAAUAAGAGAUGUCCUCGAUAGUUCAAAUUCAUAUGUGAAAUCCUAUAGAUUGGUUAGAGAAACUCUGUUGAAAAACCAGGCCCCUUCCAUUCAGCUACGAAUUUUAGGCAAGAGAGGAUAUGAUGGUAGAAGGUAUAACUUGCCAUCUGCAUCUGAAGUUGCAGCUUUAGUCGUUGGUGAUUACGAUGCAGCUGACUUUGAGCGGGAUGUAAUUGUGGAAGAGCAAUCAGGACUUUUAAAGCGUAUAUCUGUCUUUGAGCCUUCUUACUUACCAUUGCAAUAUCCCUUAAUAUUUUCUAGAGGAGAAGAUGGUUUCCAUAGAGAUAUAUUAUUUUCAGAUAAACAUAAGACGACUCCAAUUCAAAGGAAGUAUGUUUCAAUGAAAGAAUGGUUUGCAUAUAUGAUCCAACAAAGAGGCAUUAAUGUUUCACACCUUUUGUUCUCCAGACGGUUGCUGCAACAGUUUUUGGUCGAUGCGUUUAGCAUGAUUGAGUCAUGGCGUUUGAAAUGGUACAGAGACCACCAGAAAGAGGUCAGAGCUGAUAUGUACAAGGGGUUAUAUGAAGCUGUUCUUAGAGGGGAGACAAGUCCAGCAACUGCUGGGAAACGUAUAGUGUUGCCAUCAAAAUUCGCCGGAGGAGCACGAUAUAUGAUACAGAAUUACCAGGAUGCUAUGGCAAUAUGUGCAUGGGUGGGGUAUCCAGAUUUGUUUAUCACUUUUACAUGCAAUCACAAGUGGGCUGAGUUAGUAGACUUUCUGAAGAAGUACAACCUAAAACCUGAAGAUAGACCUGAUUUGGUGAGUCGUCUAUUCAAGAUAAAGUUAAAUCAUCUUAUAAAGGAGAUUAAGAAAGGAAAAAAAUUUGGGAAAGUAAGAGCAGAAUUUUGUUGUACUCAUCCUAAGAAUAUUGACAAGAUUAUAUGCGCCGAAAUUCCAGACAAAGACCGUGAUCCUCAACUAUACAAAAUAGUGUCUUCUCUUAUGAUUCAUGGUCCAUGUGGAGAUCAGAACACAUCAUCACCUUGCAUGCUAAAUGGAAAGUGCACUAAAUACUUUCCAAAAAAAUUUGUUGACAGCUCUGUUAUUGAUUCUGAAGGCUAUCCAAUGUAUAGAAGAAGAGAUAAUAGUGUUUUCAUAAAAAAGGGUCAAUCAUUUGUUGAUAAUAGAUAUGUUGUUCCAUACAAUCGACAUCUUCUACUGAAAUUCAAUGCACAUAUUAAUGUAGAAUGGUGCAAUCAGUCACGGUCAAUCAAAUAUCUAUUCAAAUAUGUCAACAAAGGUCACGAUUGCGUCACUGCUACAUUUUACAACGUGGCUGAUGAAAAUUAUGACGAAAUAAAAAUGUAUUAUGAUUGUCGGUAUCUCUCAUCAUGUGAGGCUGUAUGGAGAAUAUUUUCAUUUGAUAUAAAUUAUAGAGAACCCUCUGUUGAGCGUCUGAAUUUCCAUCUGGAAGGAGAAGAACCGAUCGUGUUUGAAGAUCACGAAGAUAUUGAAGAGGUUAUCAGGAAACCACAUAUUCGUGAUACAAAGUUUAUAGCAUGGAUGGAUGCCAACAGGAAAUAUCCAGAAGCAAGAGAGCUAACUUACAACGAAUUUCCAUUAAAGUUUGUGUGGAAAGCAUCUGAACAUAAAUGGACGCCGCGAAAACAAGGUCUCUCAAUUGGCCGGAUUCACUUUGUUCCUCCUGGGUCCGGGAAGAAGUUUUACCUCAGAACUCUGUUGAACUAUGUUAAGGGUCCUAUGUCCUUUGAUGAUAUUAAAACAGUUAACAAUCACAAGUAUGCCUCAUUCAAAGAUGCUUGCUUCGCUUUGGGGUUGUUGGGUGAUGACAAAGAGUUUAUUGACUGCAUAAACCAAGCCGGACAAUGGGGAACCGCCGGUUAUCUACGCAGGUUGUUUGUCGCUUUACUGGUAUCAAAUCAAUUCUCUCGGCCGGAUCAUGUUUGGGACAAGACAUGGCGUCAGCUAAGCGAUGAUGUUUUACAGCGUCAGAAACGUAUACUACGUGUACAAGAUGACAAUCAAUUGAGAAGUUAUGUCCUUGCAGAAAUAGAAAGAUUGGUGCAAAUGCAUGGUAAGAAAAUGAAGGAUGAUUAUCCCAUGAUGCCUAGACCUGAUGUUUCAUUGAUCCAUCAUGCACGAAAUAUGCUUUUAUACGAUGAGCUGAGUUACAACAGAGGGAACCUUGAAAUUGAGCAUGGUAGAUUGAUGUCGACGAUGACUGCGGAACAAAAGAAAGUAUAUGACACAAUCAUUAACAGAGUCAAUGCCAAACGUCCUGGUUUUUUCUUUGUUUAUGGUUACGGCGGAACAGGUAAGACUUUCAUAUGGAGAGCUUUAGCAUCUGCAUUGCGUUCAAAGGGGGACAUAGUAUUGACCGUUGCAUCCAGCGGUAUUGCAGCAUUGCUCAUACCGGGGGGAAGAACAGCACACUCCAGGUUUGGUCUUCCUCUAUCCAUUGAUGAACUUUCUACAUGCCGCAUAGAUCCCAAAAGUCAUUUGGCAAAGCUUAUCAUUGAAACAAAACUUAUUAUUUGGGACGAAGCACCUAUGAUGCAUAAACAUUGCUUCGAGGCUCUUGAUCGUUCUAUGAGGGAUAUUCUUAGACACCAAAAUGGUGGUAGGUUGGAUAUUCCUUUUGGUGGAAAGGUUGUUGUUCUUGGCGGGGAUUUUCGACAAGUUCUUCCUGUUAUACCGAAAGCAAACAGACAAGAAGUAUGCAAUGCAACCAUUAAUUCUUCCCAACUAUGGCAUUCCUGUGAGGUUUUGACACUUACUACUAAUAUGAGGCUUUUGCAUGGAAGCUCACCUCAUGAUAUAUGUGAAAGAAAAGAAUUCAGUGAAUGGGUGUUGGGGAUUGGUGAUGGGAGCAUUGGGGAAGAAAAUGAUGAAUAUAUAAACAUGCAAAUUCCACACGACUUGCUUAUUCAUAGUUCCAGAGAUCAUAUUGCAUCAAUUGUUGACUGCAUAUAUCCGUCAUUGUUGGAUAACAUGCAUGAAAAGGAUUUCUUCCAAGAUAGAGCAAUACUUACACCUAAAAAUGUCUCCGUGGAUGAAAUUAAUGAUUAUAUGUUGGAUCUCAUACCUGGCGAAGAGAAAAUUUAUUUAAGUUGUGACUCUCCGCUCACAAAGCCAUCUAUGAUGAAUAGGCUGGACGACAUUCAUACACCAGAGUUCUUGAACACAAUUAAUGCUUCUGGACUUCCACGACACAAAAUACGAUUAAAAGUUGGAGUACCCGUGAUGCUAAUGAGGAAUUUGGACCCAACUGCAGGCCUUUGCAAUGGAACUAGAUUGAUUAUUACAAAGAUGGGAAGAUAUGUGCUUGAAGGAAAAGUUAUAACUGGAAGCAAUAUUGGAGAAAAGGUCUUUAUUCCUAGACUUUCGUUGGAACCGUCUGAUACAAGAAUUCCUUUUAAAUUUCAACGUCGUCAGUUCCCUAUAUCUAUUUGUUUUGCAAUGACCAUCAACAAAAGUCAGGGGCAAUCACUCAAACAGGUUGGCAUUUACCUUCCACAACCAGUAUUCUAUCAUGGUCAACUCUACGUAGCCAUAUCAAGGGUUACAUCAAGGAAAGGGCUGAAAAUUUUGCUGUUAGAUGAAAACGGUUGCUGCAUUGAUAGUACCAAUAAUGUUGUUUUCAAGGAGAUUUUUCGUAAUGUUUAG